ACUUGGUCGGUAAUUCAUGAAACUGCUAUUACUCCCCUCAGGAAAAAUAACCCAGGGCUAACUUCAGGUGCAUAUUUUCAGUCAUACGUAGCUAGUUGUCAAGUGUCAGUGGUCGAGCAUAGUCUGUGUUUUAGAGCUCUUCGUGAGUAAAACAACCGAAGAACGCGAGCAUGGCAGAGGUUAGAUUUUCGGUGCGUGCUUAUAGCAAGAUAGUUUUACACGCAGCGAAAUAUCCCCACUGUGCAGUAAACGGUUUGCUACUAGCGGAGCAGAAGCCGAGGGAUGCCUCCAGAUCGAAAGAACUCUACAUCGUCGAUGUCGUGCCCCUUUUUCACCUCUGUCUCCAUGUAUCGCCGAUGGCCGAAGUCGCCUUGACUAUGGUCGAUCAAGUCGCUGCUCACCAAGGUCUGUUAAUUGCUGGUUACUAUUUGGCUAACGAGAAUUUAUUCGAUUUGAGCGUGGACAAGCCAGCUCACAGAAUAGCUGACAAAAUAGCGGAGAGCUAUGCUUCUGCCUUAUUAGUUGUGGUCGACAACAGGAAAGUUACGCUUCGCAUGGAAGAAAAUCCUUUGAGAGUUUCACAAAAUGUAGAUGGAAAAUGGAAACCUAUAGAGAAAAAUAAGAUAAACUUAGAUAAAGAUGUUCUAGAAGGAGUUUCGACGAUGUUGCAAGGGCAAGAUUACCGUGAUCUUGUCGACUUCGACAAUCAUCUCGACAACAUAUCCCUUGAUUGGCAGAACAACGAAUUGAACAAAAUCAUUGACGAAGCAAUAGAGGCUGUUGGUUUAGGUUCUUAAUUCAUUUGUGCGAAAUAGUGCCUCACGAAAAUUCCACGGUACUGUUAAUUCCCAAGAGGAAAAAGGGGAAUAACUUGGAGAGUUGUUGCAAGCCUGGAAAACUGAGCAAAGUGAGGGAAUUUUUCAAUAUACAAAAAAAAGUUUGGUGAAUACGGCUGAAAAUUUUUAUCUGGAUUCGGAAUUCACGUCGAUCAUUGACAUAAUCAUGAAUAAUGCAAGUGAAUGAUUCAAUUUGCAUGUCAAUUGGUAAAUUCAUUCGCGUUCUGAUUUGUACGACAGUCAUAUUUUAUCUAAAUAUAAACAAAACAUGCAACAAUUUGAAUAUUACUCGUUCCAGCUUUGUAUUCUAGAACAUAACGUUAUCUCACAUAGGUUCUGUAAAAUGAAUACGCAGUUCGCCACACAUUCCGUAUAAAUGGUACUAAAAUCGUAUUCAAGAAAUAUUCUUACUUGGAAAACAUAUAAAAAUGAUAAAUUUUUCAAUGAAAAAUUUGUAACAACCCUGAACUUUGCACAGAAUCUUUGAGUACCAUAAUUUUACCAAUGUUAUGUUCAGUGAAAAAACCUAAUUUAACAAAAAAAUAUUCUAUAUUUAUCUGCACCUUUAAAUCUUUUGUGUCCUAUUCACAAAGUCUAUAAUAAAACAUGCAGACCUCUAAAAACCGACGUUCGAAAGACUGUUUCAAUGUUGCACGUCUAUUCUUACACAUACGUGCAUAUUAUGUGAGUAGGAGAAAAGACGAAUUUUGAUAUGAUUGUGAAAGAAAUGUUUAUUCGGUUUAAGCUUCUCACAAAUGAUUUUUUUGUUCAUUCUACAAAAUUUCAAGUUAUUUGUAAGAAAUUUUACAAAGGAGUUCGCUUGUAUUAUUUUAUUUGUUUUUUUUUAUUGUUGUUGUUGUUAUUAUUAUUAUUAUUAUUAUUAUUAUUUUUUGUUUUGUUUGUCAGAUUUUUAUCACUUUUCUUUUUUUAGCAGUAUACGAUACAUAAUUAAGCCAUCGGUUAUUUAGUCUACUCUUUUAACUUUAUAGCUAUUCAGCUGUACACAAAUUACCUACACCUAUAUCCCUCGUCUCGCCUUUCUCACACUCAUUCCUCGGUUCUCCUACCUUUUUUUGUUUGGUGACAUAUUUCUGAUUACUACGUGCCCUUGAGAUUCAUUUGAAUCGCACACGAGUGACACAAACAGUAAUAGAAAUUUCAACUUUUCAUUUAUUCAGGUACAAAGUUCUUGAAAUUUUAUUUUACAUCGGUAUCUAUGUACUCAUUCACCGUACAACAACACUCACCGGUUGUUUAAAACUGCGGAUCGCGCCUCUACAUCUCUCAUUAAAAAAAAAAAAAAAAAAAUUAUACUUAUUAUCUGUAUGCUGUUUCGUAGAUUUCAAUUCUUUAGACUUUAUCUGCUUGUAAGCACAGACUGGAUAUUUAAUCAUACCUUUUCUUAAAAUACAUUAUUGUGAGGUUGAAACAAAUGAUAUUUACUUUUUCUUUGUGAAAAAAUUAUUUUUCCUUUUCACUGGAAAUAAGAAAAAGAACUUCCUUGUUUCCUCGCUUUCGAGUGCACACCAUGCGGUCAAAUUUUGCAUGAAAACGUACGAAUAUGUGAGCCAAUAAACAGUUUUUCACAUCACCUUAUUUAAUCUCGCGAAAACGAGAAUAGGCAAGAAUAAUUCUCUGCACAAUUUCUUUCCAGCUCUAUUUGAUGGGGUGCGAUAGAUACGUGCAAUAAUUUAUCACAACCAUUUGUUUUCUUGCCACUCAAUGCGAUCUACUCUAAAAUCGCCGUAGUUAAUAACCUCCGAUAAAUUAAUAAUUCACUUCAUGGCUUGUAGUUUGUUUCUAUUUCUUUAACUUAAGAUAUUAUAAAUCAAACUGCAACUAGCCUCGUGUUCUUUGAUCACUUGCACUGUUUGAUUAUGUUUAGCUUAAACUCGUCGUCAUUGCUGUGGUAUAUUAUCCAUAUACUGUCGGUAAUAUUUGCGAUUUUAUUUUUAUUUAUUUUAAUAUUUUGUUGAAAAAUAGCACCCGUUAACAUUAGUGUUAUUCAUCUAUAUAUAUAUUACGUAUAAUAUGUAUAUUGUUAUUUUUCAUACCAUAACGUUAUUAUAUAUAUAUAUAUAUAUAUAUAUAUGUUGUAUUCGUCGAAGAAUUGUAAUUUGGAUAGUAAUUUAAUUUUUUUUUCUCACAAUUUUUAAAAAAUCUCGUCAAACUUAACAACACGAUAUGAUCAAGCAUAUAUGUAUACAUAUAUUAUUACAUAUGUUUACGCACCUACUUAGAAAAGUAGGAUUUAAAAAAUUUCUUUAAAUUUAUAACCUAUUUAACGUUUUUGUUGUUAGUGUCUUACUUACAUUUAUGUCUAGCUCUACACGUAAAAAUAGUGGCAUACUAUUCACUAAGGCAUCGAUCAAGCUAUCGCAGAUUUUUCUGACGUCUCUAUGAACUAUACACAAUGGUGCUACAGCUGCUUCGUGCGACAUUAAUAUUAUUCAAUUUAUUAACUGUUACAUCGUCGUUAUCAUAAAUAUUAAUUUUGAACCCUAAACUCUGUGCCUAACGUACAAAUUAUGUUUUCUGGCUGCAGGCUUCAUUCUAAAUAUCUAAUACUUUUCACUGCGUUUUUUCCCAUGUUGUCUUGCACUUCUCAUGCUUCGUUAAUUCAAUCGAUUCUUAUUCAACGGCAAAUAAGCGUAUAUGCAUAAGAAAUAUUCUUUGGAUGAUAUCUGGCGAGUGCAGAAUUUUCAUAAAUUAUCACAAAUUUAUAAUAGCUUUCUUCCGAACUCUUAUCCGAUCUCGAUUUCGUUAGAAUGAGAAACCUCGUUUUUAUUACGCAGUAUUUCCGAAUCACUGCCCAGGAAAUUUAUACUUGAAUACUGAUUGUAAGAUAAUAAUCCAUAGUUGAUCUUCGCUAUAACACAUUUCAAACAAAUGACAUAGACCUCGACAAUAAUCAUGCGUUUAAAAUAUUUUACUUCACUUUACUUUUUCUUACCAAAGAAAAUUCUAUAUUUUUAUACAGUGUAAUUUGAGCUUGCAUUUUUGUGAAAGUGACGUGGUUUCAAACACUUUUAGUAGGUCUGACAGAACUUGGAAGAAAUGCAGAAAUUCGUUAACAAAAUAACAGCAUUGAGCCAUAAAAUAUCAUCGACACAAGUUUUUUGUUUUUAUGUUGUUGAACCAGAAUUUCUCUAAACGAAAACAAGAAAAAUCGGUCGUCAGCUAGAAAACAAGAGAUAAUAAAUUUUUUAUAAUACAAUCCAGCCUCACUGAAUGUUUCAGUGAAUUUACACCAUUCCGUUAUAUUUGCGCGCAUUACGCAUAACAUUCUUGCCAUCGUAUCUUAAAUUUCAAAAUUUGUGCAAGAAAUUAAAAAUUUACUUAUAGUACUUGUUGUACAGUUUUUUUUCUUUCUUUAAAUUCGUGACUCACAUAUAACGGCUUAACGCUAAAAAUCUAUAGUAUAUCGAUUUUGUUUAUCGGCAUUUCCAACUAUUAUAUACCAAUAAUACACGGUCAACGAUAAGAAUGUUGUUUUUUAGAUCUUUUAAAGCGUGCACUAAAUUAGGAAAAUUGAAGAAGUUUUAGCCUUCCAGAACUCACUAUUUGCUAAAUUUUCGAAAUGAAAUUUUUUAUUUAUACAAAAUCGGAUACUUUCGCGAAUUUUUGAUAUUUCCAUUGCUGCCUGAAACGUAUUAUGAAAAGUUACACUCCUGGUAUUGAAGAACACUCAUCUCGUCGAAUAUAUUAUUUGUUUAAACGUAGACACUCGAAAAUUUCCAAAAAUACGAUUUUCAUAAACCGUACCUUCUCUUCCAUAAUGCGUAGUGAAUUUUUUUUGUUUUUUUUUUAUUCUCAUGUAUCUGAAAGUUGAGAGUUUUUCAAUAGGAAAUUUUUAAAGUGAGAUAAAUAUGAUGUAGUGUCACGUGAGCUACAUUUGAUUUUAUUUAAAAGUGCAGGGAAUGA